AUGGCUACACCAACUUUUCAUUCAAAAUCAACUGCACUCGAAGUUGUUAAAGGAUUAAAUGCAAAAUUAGACGGAAAGGUCGUGAUAAUCACUGGUGCGACAUCAGGUAUUGGUACUGAAAUUGCUCGUGCAUUGGCAUCUGCAAAUGCACAUACUAUAAUUACAGCACGAGAUAUAAAUAAAGGUGCAAAAGUUAUUGAAGAUAUUAAAAAAACAACAGGUAAUGAUAAAGUUGAAAUAAUGGAAAUGGAUCUUACUUCACUUGAAUCGGUCAGAAAUUUUGUUUCUCAAUUUCGAACACGUAAAUUAUCAAUUAAUAUUCUUAUCUGCAAUGCAGGAAUUACAGCAUGUCCAUAUUCGAAAACAGUCGAUGGUUUUGAAUUACAAUUUGGUGUUAAUCAUUUGGCUCAUUUUCUUCUUACUACUAGUCUUUUAUCUGAAUUCAAAGCGGGGAAUCCAUCACGUGUUGUUCUUGCCUAUGCUCAAAGUAAAACGGCUAAUAUUCUUUUUACUAAACAAUUCAAUAAAUUAUAUGAAUCACAAGGUAUUCGAGCAUAUUCUUUACAGCCAGGUGGAGUUUUAACUAAUUUACAACAACAUAUACCAGAAAAAGAACAACGUGCAAUGGGAUGGUAUAGGGAAGAUGGUACACUUAUUGAUAUUUUCAAAACUGUUAAACAAGGUGCGUCGACUAUUGUCUAUGCUGCUCUAGCAUCUGAACUUGACAAUCAUGGUGGAGCAUAUCUUGAAGAUUGUGCGAUUAGUAAAGGUGUCAAUACAGAUAAGACAGCUUGGGGUAUAGCGCCACAUGCCGCAGAUAUGGAAGCAGCUGAACGUUUAUGGCAACUAAGUGAACAAAUGGUAUCAGCUAAAUAA